CCUCCGGCGCGGCGCGGGUGGGGGGCGCCGCGCAACUUUGCUAGGCGGCGGCGGCGGCGAGCGCGAGACGAGGCCCCGGGGCCCGAGCGGGGCCCCCAGCGCGCGGCCCGCCCCCGCCCCGGCCCCCUCCCCUCGCCGUCGCCAGCGCCGGGCGCUGCCCACUCGCCGGAGCCCCGGGCCGGACGGGCUGCGCAGCCGGAGAGGCGGGGGCCCGACGCGGCCCCCCCGGAGCCGGGCGCCUGGCGCGGGGGCUCGCCGAGCGCACGGGGGGCCGCGCGGCGCUGCAGACCCAGCCUCCCGCCGCCGCCGCCGCCGCCGCCUCGGCGCUUGCAGAACCCAGAAGUGAACAGCAGGCGACCCGGAAGGUUUGCGCGCGGCUCCGCACCGAGCCGGAGCCGGAGCCGGAGCCCGGAGCCGGAGCCGGAGCCCCAGCCCGGCCCUGCUCGGGCCGCCGGGCGCGGGGCUGCGGCCGCGUCCGGGAGGCGCCGCCAGCACAGCCAGGUGCUGUUGGGAACACAGAGGAAGUGACUGACUGGGGGUUCAGGGAAAGCUCCGUAGAAGAGGGAACACUUGAGCUGGGUCUUGAAGGAUGAGUAGAAGUUCACCAAGUGGGAAAGGACACUCUAGGAUGGCCGAGCCGCGAUUUAACAACCCCUACUUCUGGCCCCCUCCUCCCACCAUGCCCAGCCAGCUGGACAACCUGGUCCUGAUUAAUAAAAUUAAGGAGCAGCUGAUGGCGGAGAAGAUCCGGCCACCUCACCUGCCGCCCACGUCGGCCUCGUCGCAGCAGCCGCUGUUAGUGCCACCCGCGCCAGCCGAGAGCAGCCAAGCUGUCAUGUCGUUGCCCAAGCUGCAGCAGGUGCCCGGGUUGCAUCCGCAGGCCGUGCCGCAGCCGGAUGUGGCGCUGCACGCGCGACCAGCCACCAGCACCGUCACAGGUCUGGGGCUCUCCUCCCGGACCCCGGCUGUGAGCACAUCUGAGUCAAGCACCGGCACAGGCACGGGUACCAGCACCCCGUCCACACCCACCACCACCAGCCAGAGCCGCCUCAUCGCCUCGUCCCCCACCCUCAUCUCAGGGAUCACCAGCCCCCCCCUCCUGGACUCCAUCAAGACAAUCCAGGGCCAUGGCCUACUUGGUCCCCCCAAAUCUGAACGCGGCCGCAAAAAGAUCAAGGCGGAGAACCCAGGGGGUCCGCCUGUCCUUGUUGUCCCCUACCCCAUCCUGGCCUCCGGCGAGACUGCCAAGGAAGGCAAGACAUACAGGUGUAAGGUAUGCCCGCUGACCUUUUUCACCAAGUCUGAGAUGCAGAUCCACUCCAAGUCACACACAGAGGCCAAGCCCCACAAGUGCCCGCACUGCUCCAAGUCCUUUGCCAAUGCCUCCUACCUGGCCCAGCACCUGCGCAUCCACCUGGGCGUCAAGCCCUACCACUGCUCCUACUGUGAUAAGUCCUUCCGACAGCUCUCCCACCUCCAGCAGCAUACCAGAAUCCACACAGGUGACAGACCCUACAAGUGCCCACAUCCUGGCUGCGAAAAGGCUUUCACUCAGCUCUCCAACCUCCAGUCUCACCAGCGCCAGCACAACAAGGACAAGCCCUACAAGUGUCCCAACUGCUAUCGGGCCUACUCGGACUCCGCCUCCCUGCAGAUCCACCUCUCAGCCCAUGCCAUCAAGCACGCCAAGGCCUACUGCUGCAGCAUGUGCGGGCGGGCCUACACCUCGGAGACCUACCUGAUGAAGCACAUGUCCAAACACACGGUGGUGGAGCACCUGGUGAGCCAUCACUCGCCCCAGAGGACGGAGUCCCCAGGCAUCCCGGUGCGAAUCUCUCUCAUCUGAGCCCCACCAGAGGCGCCGCCCCGCCCGGCCCAUGGCAGGCUGACUCCUCCGGCAGCACCAGGCCCCGCCUCCCGCCGGGGGCCUCCGGAACCGCCGAUCUCCUCCACCUUCCCGACCUGCCAGGAAACUUGGGCCGCAGAAGCCCUGCCUGGUCCAGUCCCAGGCCGGCCAGGCCAGUUGCAAGGUUCUGGACUGUUUUGGUGGCAUCCAAAGACGAUCUCAGAGCACUUUGAACCUGUCUGUUGAGUUUUCUUUUUGUUCCCCACCCUUCACUUGCUUCACUAUUUUUUUUUUAAGUUUGUUUUGGAAAUAACAAAAAAAAAAAAAAAAAAAAAAAAAAGAUAUUUAUUGGCCAGGACAUUGGUGCUGCUAAGACCGAGAAAUGAAAAGGAUCAGGCAGGUGGAUGCAGAGAACCAGAGGGCGCGUGGGACCUUCUCUGGCCAUGGCCUCAGGUCUUAAGGGAAGGCUCAGGUCUGGGGCUCUGGACUGCAAAGAGGUCCCCAGAUGGGUGGGAGCUGAGGCAGCUGGAGUUGAGCCCUUCGGCCCUGGUGCCCAGCUCGUACCACUGAGCUGUGCCCGGGCUCCACUGAGCAGAGGGUGCAGCAGCCGCCAGGGCUGUCCAGGCUUCAGGAGGCGGAAAUGAGGGGCCGGGAGAUCCGUAGGACCAAAGGGUGCAGUGACAGGCUGGGCGGCAGGCCCAGGGAAAUGGGGUGGGGUGGGCUGGGUAAGACCUGGCCCCUCCUCUGCUGCCCUGAAGACCACCCCAGUCUACCUCGGUGCUGGCCAGGAAACCUAUCGGCUACCUCUCCUGUCAACCCAGACUGUGGGCAGGGAGAUGGGGAGGGAGUGGGCCUGGACCUGGGACCCCCUUCCAGAACUUCCUCCAGAUGGGGGCGGUGCCCAGGGUGGGGGAAUCCCCAGCCCAGGCCAGCCCCUCUGCAGGGAAGGGAUCCUUGGGGAGGGUCCCAGGAACAGACCCUGUCCCCAGCCCCCACAGACACACCCCAAUCUGAAAGCCAUGCGUGUCCAUGUAUAUAGGAACCAUGUACAGAGCCCGGAGAAGCCCUUCUACAUCCCCUCGGGAAAAAAAAAAGAAAGAAAGAAAACUAGACAGAAACUCAUCUAUAUAUUCUGUAUCUGGAGUUCCGUUUUGAAUAUUAACUGUGUUAUUUUUAUACACUUUUUAAGCCUUAACUCGCCAUUGAUUUACCAGUUUAACGUUUCCUGGGGUUUCUUUUCCCAUGGGGUUCUCUGCCCCCACCCUCACCCUUCGUUUGACUUGCGUCGUCUGAUACUCAGUAUUGUAGCUUUUUGUCCGCAUGUUACUGCCCUGUAAAUAAGCUGUUAUACAUACUGUUAACACCCCUUUGCUUUUUUCUAUGGGACCUCCAGGCCACCAUAUUUAGAACUAGUUACCUUAUUAAAAAAAAAAGAAAAGAAAAGAAAAAACAGUCUGUUGGCUUCUCAGUCUGCAUCUUGGUGGCAGGGAGGUGAGGGCAGGUAUCCCUCAGACACUUACUUCAGGAGAGAAGUUUGCAUCCUAUUUAAAAAAGGGGGUGGGGAGCAAGAUAAAAAUCGAAUGUGGGGGAAAAACAUAACGGGGCAAGAAACUAGAGAAUUACAACCCCUCUGCUCUUUGUAUUUCUCUGUUGUGAAGAAUAAACUGUACCUGCACCGGG